AUGUCUACAUCAUUGACAACCGGAAAGACCAUGCAAUUUACUGACUCAGGCCAAGAUAAUACUAAACUAUUAGUCCUUGAGCAGAUAUUGAAGGUGUUGAGAGAAGCCUCUUCUCAUUUGAGAAAGCAAGAAACGCGCCUCAGUUCUGUAAAAAAUGGGUUACGCGAAGAUCCAAGCUGGUGGAUGGAAAGCUUAGGAGAUAAUAUUCAGGUGUAUAGCAAUGACGGAAGAACGCCAAAAAUACAGAUUGUUGACAAGACUGACGAUAUUUCGAGUGGUAAUUCCACCGCAGUGCCAUUGAAGCAUGGAAUCAGGGGAGCAAUAUCAUUACCAUUGAACGUUAUACAAAUCUACCACACUGAUGGGAUUGCGUUUGACAGAUUGGGGAGACAAGGCAUAGUCGAAGACAGAGUUUCACGAUUGGCAACGCCCUCAGAGAUUGAUCGCUGGAAAAGUGUUGUGGGUGGCGCUUACAAGGUUCCCGAACAUGGAAGGCUCAGACUGACAUUCUCAACACGAUUGCUAUUGAUGUUGGCAUCAUCUGAUGAUGCCCAGAAACAUAUUGACCGGAUACCGCACGAAGAACAGCUAUGCCAGCGCCUGAGUGGAUGUCGCACAACAAUAACUGACCUUUUUGAUAGUGGUCAGAUAAUACGUUAUAUCAUUGGCGCUCCAAAGUCAAAUACUGGGUCUCAAAACAUCAACUGUCUUGAUUCUGCUCCCACACCAUGUCCUGUUGGAACACCAAACUCCAGACCACUGGUUGGUCCAUGGAGAAGAGUAAUUGUAAAUCAAGAUGAAUACAGUGGCAUACCUUGGUCACAGCUAAAAACUGGAAAGUUGCAUAGUGACAAAGAUGAAUACUGCAAAGACUUUUCGAGUGGAAUGCCUCGUAUUCUACUGGAAAGCUCGUACAGCCUUAUUGCACUAGCAGACAAAGUAUGUAAACAGUACUGGACCCUGUUGGAACUUAAGCCAAUGACCUUCAAUAAGACAAUCUCUAGUGUAAUGCACUCCGAUGGUACGCCUCAGAACGCUCUGUCGACUUUCUUCGACUACACAAUCAUUGCCGUCUCUCACAUGAUCCAGAAAUGGGAGCAGAUUCUAGAAUAUUUUGACAACUUGAUUAUCGAAAAGAUCGCAUUCUUGGAUCCAUUGAAGCACGAUAAUCUUCUGGUAGAUGACGAGACAUUUUCCAGGUCUAAGCGAUAUUUUUGGGUGAUAUCGACACUCAAGGAAUUAGAUGCCGUAAUUUCAGAGAACAUACAACAGGUCUCUGGGUUGAUUAAUCAGAGAGAACUCACCACAAUUGAAGGAGAUGAGGUGAGAUUUCUCGAAGGCUCUCGCAAACAUAUGCGAGGACGUCUCGGACAAUUGGAGGAAAUAGCAAAAAGAUUACGCGACAAGAGACAGGAAGCUCUCGAUUUGAGAGAUGGCCUUUUCAACGCCAGUGGUGUUAUGGAGAGUCGUGCCGCAACUAGAUUGGGAGAAAAUGUCAAGCUAUUGACUUUUGUGAGCAUAUUCUUCCUGCCACUUUCGUUUUGUAUGUCUCGAUCACUGCAAAUUAUUGCCACAGUGGUCGGGCUGUCAACAUACCUCAUAGUUUUCAAUCUUGACAGCCUCAUGAAUUUCUCACGAGCACUGCAUCGAAGAUUUUUUAUCUUUGCAAUCUCUAUGAUGAAAACCGAGGCUUCAGAUACUACCAGGGGGAAAAGAGCCUCCAUUUUUGAAAAGUUCUCGGUUCAGAGGGAGAUCGAGCAUAAGCCGUCGGAUUGGAGAUUGGUACAAUACUUGCUAUACCGAGCACUUGGUACGGUAGGUAUCAUAGGAAAAUCCACGGUUCUGUUUAAGCAUAUCAAACAAAGACUAUCCCGUGCCACAAUAGCAUCCAUGAAAGAGGCUCGAAAUCCAAUCUGGAGGGGCCGAGCUCAACGUUUCGAAGAUGCUUGGGCUGAAAAGAGUAUGGACGAGCCAUCUAAUUGGCGUAUGUGUCAAUACAUUCUGAUUAAAGGGACUGGAUUUUCCCUGAUCCCUGCCUGUUUAUACAGCAGUUCUGGGGAUCAGACUAUUCCCCAACCAAAUCAGGGUCAGACUAUCACCGGAGACCUCGAGAACCAACAAAAUUAG